GCAGGAAUGGUGGGGAUUAAACGAUCAUAUCAAGGAUAUUGCCACGCGUUACGCCGAUGAAGGUUUUAUUGCCAUUGCGCCCGAUCUUUAUCGCGGAAAGAUUGCAACGAAUCCGCAAGAAGCCGGAAAGUAUAUGCAGGAAUUACAGCUCGAAGACGGUUUGGGAACAAUUGACGAAGCGAUCAAAACGGCGAGCGAAAAAUACGGCAAGAAGGAAUUUGCGAUUACGGGCUAUUGUAUGGGCGGAACUUACGCUCUGCAAGCCGCUUGCAAACUCGAAAAUAUUCACGCCGCCGCGCCUUUUUACGGCGACACGCCUGACGAAUUUACUUUGAAAGGCUUGAAAUGUCCGGUUUUGUUUAUUUCAGGCAAAGAAGACGGUUGGAUAAAUCCUGAAAAAGUUGCCGAACUCGAACGCGUUGCCAAAGCAAAUUUACUGCCGGUCGAAUCGGUUGCUUACGAUGCCGACCAUGCAUUUUUCAAUGACACGCGCCCCGAAGUUUACGAUGAAGAAGCCGCGACAGACGCUUGGCGCAGAGUUUUAGAAUUUUUCAGAAAGAAUCUUUGA